AUGUGGCUGCCCCCAGUGCUGCUCCUUCUCGGUCUCCAAGGCUGUCUGCCUCUGACGGGUCCGGACUCUGUGACGGGCGCCCCAGGGGGCUCUGUGAGCGUGCAGUGUCGGUAUGAGGAGGUGUACAGAGGGUCCAAUAAGUACUGGUGCCGCGGACCGUAUGACCUAUCCUGCGACACCGUGGUGGAGACCAAAGGAGGAGCGCGGGAAGAGAGGAAUGGCCGUGUGAGCAUCCGAGACCACGCGGAGAACCUCACCUUCACCGUGACCAUGGAGAACCUCACCGCCGGUGAUGACGGGCCCUACUGGUGCCGAAUACAGAGCACGUGGAUCCUGGAUGUGCUGUCGUACGACCCAUCGGUUCGGGUUAACGUGUCUGUUUCCGCAGAGAACACCAUCCCUGCAGUCACGCCCCCCACCUUCCUCCUGGGGACCGCUGGACAGAACCUCAGCACCUGCGAGAUGUUCACCCACCACCCACAGUCCCUGCUCUGCAGCGUCCACUUCCUGCUGCUGGUCUUCCUGAAGGUGCCCCUGUUCCUGAGCAUGCUCACCGCUGUCCUCUGGAUGAUGAGGGGCCUGCAUACUGACCCCGGGGCGCGGCUGACCCAGCCCGUCCAGGUACUGCCAGGCCCACUGCAGACCCAUGAUCCCAGGCAACACCCAAGGUCCCUGUUCAGCAGUGUCCACUUCCUGCUCCUGGUCUUCCUGAAGGUGCCCCUGUUCCUGAGCAUGCUCGGUGCUGUCCUCUGGGUGAACAGACCCCAGAGGGCCCCUGAGGGAGGGUGGAUCAGUCAGACUAUGUGA